GAGGACCUGCAGUCGGUGGUGGAAGUGGCUGCCCACGUGUUCAGCGAUGGGAUCACAAACUGGGGACGUGUGGUGACUCUCAUCUCCUUCGGUGCCUUCGUUGCCAAACACCUGAAGACCAUGAAGCAGGAGCAGUGCAUCAGCUCCUUGGCAGAAAUCAUCACAGACGCUCUGGUCUCCUCCAAGCGCGAGUGGCUGCUGAGCCAGGGGGGCUGG